CGCCUUCCAGCCGCUUUUAGUUUCGGUCACGCAACGUUUCCUUCUAAAAGCGGCUGUGAGUGUGCACAAAUUAACCCUUGUGGGGGAGGGAUAGUGAUAACUUGUGCCACUCUCAACUCUCCCAUUGAGCUUUUGCUCGAGUACUUGCACAGAUGGGCCAAUUUCCCUGUUCAAUGCUGAAUCAUGAGUUUGCCUAAUCCAAUAAGCCUUUGAAUAUAUUCUUAUGAAGCCAUAAAUGAUCGUGCUCGGGAUUUGAGGGCAUCAAGUAAAUGAGAUGUGAGUUAUUAAAAUGCCAAGGAGAUUGAGAUAAUGGCCAUCAGAUCUGUCAAGUGUGUCCUGCUUGGAAAUGAUGACGUGGACAAGAGGGAACUCUUCUUUACAGUGGUCAAUGAACUUAAACCCAAAAAAGAAAAACAUGAAGUAGAGGAAAAUGAGAAAGACCCAAACACAGGUGAAGUCCUGAGAAGUGAAAGUCCUAAUGAAGAUAAUGACAAUAAUGGUGCUGAACCUGUAAAUGUCAAGUGCUCACCAUUACGUUUCCAGGUGUUGCACCAUACAGAAGACAAUGAGAUUUCAGAAUCCGAAGAUGAUCACAGCGGUGAAUAUGAUCUAGACAGUUGGUCGGGGCCAAUAAUAGUGGACAAUAAAGCCUAUAAUAUUGAAAUACAUGAAUGCACUAGUCAGACUGCAUACGAUCAAUUACGGGCUGAACUCUACCCUGACACAGACGUCUUCCUAGUCUGCUUCUCUGUUACUCUGCAACAAUCUUUGAAGGAUGUUGUCAACAGAUGGGUACCAGAAUUGAGGAGGUUUUGUCCUGUGACACCAUUCUUGCUUAUUGGCACUCACAUCAAUUGGAGACUCCUGUCUGAAGAUCGAGCAGCUACAAUAGACCCUGCUAGGAGACCUAUAUUUCCAGAGACGGGUGCUAUGUAUGCCGAGAAGCAUGGUGCAGUAAGGUACAUGGAAUGCGCAACAAAUGAUGCAACAGCAGUAAAAGGUAUCUUCGAUGAGGUCAUAAGAGUGAGUUGCAUGGACAGAAUGGAAUUAUCUCAGCUUUUACCAGACUUCGUGAAAUAUGGCUUCACUCUGCUACACCAGGCGGCACAAGCCAACCACGAGCCGUCCAUAGAGGCCUUAGCCUAUGUCAUGGACAUCAACACCAAGGACCGCAAUGGGCGAAGGCCUUUGGACAUCGCAGUCAGAAGAAACCACACAGUAGCUGCGCGUAAACUUAUACUGAACGGUGCCGAGGUCAAGGUCGAAAUAGAGGAUUGGGUCAAGCGGUGCGAGUGUUGGACAGAGAACAAAGAGGCUGAGCAGUUGGUGCACAGGAACGUUAAUGAGCUCGCGCGCAGAGUGCUGAAUUUGUACGCUGGCUGGAGCACCCCUGCAGAUGCCAGCAUCCUCCUGAUUGGUCAGCACGGGAUCGAGAUUGGAAAAUUCCUGAGGGAGUCAAUUCCCUUUAUUCCUAUCAAAAGCCUGGCUAUUGUCAACACGGACGGGCCGUGUGCCUUCGUCUUUACCAUGACUCAUUCCUUGACUUGCCUGACUCUUACAAACUGCGACAUCAUGGAUGUCCCACUCUCUAUUUACGAGCUAACUAACCUUAACAGUUUGUCUCUCGUUAGCUGUAAUAUCGGGGUGCUCAGAAAGGAAAUAUCAGACUUGAAGCAGUUACAGAAGCUACGUCUGACCGACAACAAGCUGCGACGUCUUCCAGACACCAUUGGCCGACUUCAUAAUCUGAGGUUCCUCCACUGCGAUUACAAUGUCUUGGAAAGCCUUCCUGAUCAAAUGGGAAGCCUUACUGAACUUGAAGUGCUAGAACUCACUCAUAACAAACUUGAAAAACUCAGCGCGUCGCUAGGUUUGCUUAACAAGCUUAAGUGUCUGAAGUUCGCAAAGAAUCGGUUAAGGUUCCCUCCGGAAGAGGUUCUUAGAAAGGGUAGCGACGAAGUCUUGGAAUUUCUAAACAAGUAUCUUGACGACCCAGUACUUAACAAGCAGGUGAAGGUCACUAUUGUGGGAGGAGAAGGAGCGGGUAAAACUACUUUGGUGAAGGCUUUGGGGUUUAAAUACAAUUGGAAGCUGAGCACUGUUAUGGAUUCGGAAGAGAAGACUAAAGGUCUAGAGAUCUCAAAUAUCGACCUGAACGAGUCACUUAGAAUGAAGGUGUUUGAUCUUGGCGGUGAUUCUUUCUACUUCGACAUUCACGCGCUUUUCCUUUCCGAGAAUAGCUUAUACCAAGCCGUCUUUGACAUGGCCACGUACGUCAAAACUCCGUAUAGCAACGCCUUUUAUCAGCUUGGGACGCUUGAGGUCUGGCUUCAGGUGAUACACUCUCAGGCUCCCAACUCGCACGUGGUGAUAGUUGCUACUAACGCUGGCCACCCAAACUUGACGGACGCAUUGCGCUCCCAGAUCAGAGAAGACAUAGAGAAGAUGCUAGCAAAGUACCGUAAGGGUCACAAGAGUAAUUUCGCCAGUGAAGCCGUCCCUCAGUGUGCCCUCUGUGACGAAACUCACCUCUGUGACGUAAGCUCAGCUCAGUUUUAUAUCCGAGGUCAACCCGGUGAAGCUAGCGGUACACUUCUCUCUCCAGAUCCUUCCAUCCCACACAUUGUGGGGUACUAUGAGGUCAGCUGCAAGGAGGUUUACCCUAAAGUAUUCCUCAGUUCCAAGAAUCUUGGUCUGCAGAAGCUCAAGUGUGGUUUAGCGCUCAAAAUGGAAGUACUGCUCAGCUCGAAUGUCGGAUCCCGGAUCCCACAGAAGUGCUUGUACUUCCGCGACCGUGUGCUCGAGAUUUCACAGACAGAACCAGAGCUUCAAGAACAGCCAAUCAUGACGCUGACACGCCUUCGGGACAUCGCGUUAGGCUGCGGGAUGCGGGAUGACCAUAAACUAAAGGCAAUGAUCUCGUACUUUCACACACAAGGGGACUUUCUUUGGUAUGAGGAUGUUCCGGAGCUCGCCGAUGUGGUGUUUGUCAGACCCCAAUGGCUAGCUGACCAGCUGAGGACCAUCUACCCACCAUACAGGGGUCACCACGCCCUGGCUCAUGGGAUCCUACGGACGGACAACUUGAUGAAGUUAUGGCCGGACUUUACGGCCACAGAGAGUGAGCUCCUGCAUUCCCUUCUGCGAAAGCUCGGUCUCUGUUUCAAGAUAUCUGAAGGUGUUGACCUGUUCCCCUCACUCUUUCCUCUUGGACACCCCGACAAGGAGUCGUGGCCAUUAAUGCCGCCACCGGACCAUCACCAAUUAACGGUCGAAUACGCCUUUAGCUUCCUGCCUCCCACCUUCUUCAGUGACCUCAUUGUUGUCCUGAACAAACGCGAGGUAGUCUCUCUGGAGCUCUGCGAGCCAACGUACUACCGCCUGCACGUGGUGUUCGGUACUUAUCUUAAAGCCUCCGAAGGAUGCAUUCUUCACAACCACGAGAACGUGCUGAAUAGCCCACUAGAGGAACUGGACCCUGAUUCUGAAGGUUCCCAUUUGGUACACAUAGAAUGUGUCCCUCACUCCCAGACCCUCCGUGCCUCGGUUCGCGGUGCGAUGCCUUGCUGUGUUCUUCCGGAGCUUGUUGCAGCUAUCAAGAGUGUUACUGACGUCCGGUACCCCGGCAUCAAGUUCAACGAGCUCUUGGUUUGUCCUGUGUGUGAACUGACCAAGGAAACCACUGCCAAGAAACCGGAAUACCUACAUGAGCCAUGGAAAGCGUUAAAUCUGUGCUCCAAAGGACAUGAGUGUGGAAGCAGGACUGAAAUUCUUAGCGGGAAGAUCCCUGGCACACUUAUAGGCAAGCCUGCUACCUGUUCUCCUUCUCCUCCACCCGGUGAGGACUUCCUCGAAUACCACUUCUGCCCAAAGCUGUUCAUUGUGCUCCCGGUAGGAUUUCAAAGCGUUGCACUCAAAGACCUCCACGUCAUGAGUCAUGUGACCGAUGGAUAUGCCGUUCACUUACUCUGCGAGUGCCCGGGAUACUGGCACCUUGUCCCAGAUCCAGGGUACCGGAUAAGACGCCCAGAUGAGUUUUUUGCACGGUUUGGCGAGCGCGCUUGCAGACUGCUCAAAGUUAUUUUUCUCAUGGGCGAGGAAGACUCCCUCACUUAUCCAUCACUGAAAAACUUUCUCCUGAAGAUCGUAGUUGGAGAUCCCGCGCUCAGAGAAACACUUGCCUCCGACCUGAAAAAUCUUCUGGAGCACUACUACGAGCUUUUCCCUGAGAUUGUCGAGGGGUGCUCAAGCGUUCGUAUGGAUGAGGAUCUUGAAUAUCUGGUUUGCGGAAAGGACCUUAAGCGCUCCAAGCUGGCUCAAAUGCUUGAGUUAUCUGCUGAGGGAAGGGUCUUUGGUCCGCUGGUGUGCACGUAUGUCGAGAGGCACAAGGAGAACAUGUGGUUAUGUCGUAAGCACGCUUAUCCGGUCCACCAAGCCGCGAGUGGCAUUUUACCGAGAUGAACCAAGCCGCGAGUUGCACUUUACCGAGAUGAACCAAGCCGCGAGUGGCACUUUACCGAGAUGAACCAAGCCGCGAGUUGCACUUUACCGAGGUAAACCAAGCCGCGAAUUGCACUUUACCGAGGAGAACCAAGCCGCGAGUGUCACUUUACCCAGGAGAACCAAGCCGGGAGUGGCACUUUACCGAGAUGAACCAAGCCGUGAGUGGCACUUUACCGAGGUGAAGCACAUUAUUCUCUAUAGUAGAUUUCAUUAGGUUUUGCACAACAACUUUUGACCUUCAAUUAAAGAUCGUUUUUUUUACUCUAAGGAGAAGUGUAGACCGAAUUAGGAAAAGGCGUGCCAAUGUCUCGUAUUCAGACAUCCUAUCGCAGGUAGCAUUAUUUUUGCAAUUCCUUUUAAAAAGUUAUAUGUUUAAAAAAUCACAAAAGAUAUAAUAACUUCAAAGUUAUUAUUUUAAUUCCUAAUUUGGUAUAUUAAAACAAUGCUAAUUCAUGCAUAUUUUGUAUUUCUUCAUAUUGUUAAACAAUAUGCUUGUCGUGCUUAUAAGAACAAUAAACAUUUUUAUUGUCAUCUA